AAAGGGAGCAGAGAGACAGAGGGAGUCCUACACAGAUGUUUGAGUACACAGGCGGAGGGUAGGAGAGAGACAGAGAGAUUGAGUGAGACAACUAUGUUAUCCAAGGACAUUCUCCUCAUUUCUCAUCACCAAGGAGACAGGACUGUGACCAGGAAGGAGACCUGAGGAUUGACACAAAUAUCAUAAUUUGAAGUCGUUCAAGUGGUCAACAUGAGGAGCAGAUCUCAAGCCUGUGAGGUGAGGAUGUGGCUGUUUGUGGGCGUGGCUUUUCUUUGCCAGUGUGUGAUUGGUCAGCAGCUGGAGGCCAAGGUGAAAGGAGCUCCGCCUCGUCUGAUCUGCAGUGUUCUGGGGUUACCAGGGAGACCAGGCAAACCUGGCCCAAAUGGGCCUCCAGGGGAAAAUGGGAAUAUGGGAAUCCCAGGAAGAGACGGAAGAGAUGGCAGGAAGGGAGAGAAAGGAGAGAAGGGUGAAGCAGGGGUAAAGGGGAAACUCGGCCCAACGGGUAAACGGGGCGAGCGGGGUGUCCGGGGUCCAGGGGGGAAGAGAGGUCCUGAUGGAGAAUGCGGGGACGGGGGCCGACCAGGGCCACCAGGGCCCCUUGGGAAGAAAGGGGACAAGGGCCACCGAGGACCACUGGGUACGGCAGGCAUCUGCAGGUGUGGCAGCCUGGUGCCUAAAGCAGCCUUCUCUGUGGGAAUCACCAGCAGUUACCCUGCUGAGAAGGAAUCUAUCAAGUUCAACAAGGUCCUCUUCAGAGGGGGCCACUACAACCCAGAGACGGGUAAGUUCAUCUGCGCCUACCCGGGCAUCUACUACUUCUCCUAUGAUAUCACCCUGGCUAACAAACAUCUGGCCAUCGGGCUGGUGCAGAACGGGCAGUACCGCAUCAAGACAUUUGAUGCCAACACAGGGAACCAUGACGUGGCCUCUGGGUCACUUGUGAUGUUCCUGAACCCAGAAGACGAGGUGUGGCUGGAGAUCUUCUUCAAGGACCAGAAUGGCCUGUUUGCAGAAGCAGGGUGGUCUGACAGCCUGUUCUCUGGAUUCCUGCUCUAUGCAGACACAAACUACCUGGACUCACUAGCAGAGGACUACGCAUAGUGACUUAUAACACUCAAUAAAGGACUGAGAGGGCUGAGUUUGUAGCCUCCCCUUGACAUAUUUACAGUAUCUAUAUUUCAGCAUGUAUUAUUUAUAUACUAUAUAACUAUGUGGGUGUACAUGUAUGCAAGCGUGUGUGUAUGAGCUUAUGUAUUGUGGAGUGAGAAACAUACAUUUUUUAAAUGUUUGUUUACAAUGUUUGUUUGGAGAAAAAUGUCUAAGUAUAUCAAAGUGAUAUGUUUCAUUAAUAAAAGUAAUGAUAUGCACUCAGUCAGUAAUGAAUCUACCCUGUACUCUCUUUUCAAAGUAUUGAAUAGUAUUAGAGUUGAAAAAUAUUCGUGUUGAAGGCACAAGUACUAUACAGCCAGUGCGGAGAUAUGAUAUACAGUUGAAGUCGGAAGUUUGCAUACACCUUAACCUGAGUUUAUAUGUAUUUGGCUUUUACAAUUCCUGAUUUUUAAUCCAAGUAAAAAGUAUCUGUUUUAGGUCAGUUAGGAUCACCACUUUAUUUUAAGAAUGUGAAAUGUCAGAAUAAUAGCAGAGAAUGAUUUCUUUCAGCUUUUAUUUCUUUCAUCACAUUCCCAGUGGAUCAGAAGCUUACAUAAACUCAAUUAGUACUUGGUAGUGUUGCCUUUAAAUUGUUUAAUUUGGGUCAAACAUUUCAGGUAGCCUUCCACAAGUUGCCCACAAUAAGUUGGGUGAUUUUGGCCCAUUCCUCCUGACAGAGCUGGUGUAACUGAGGUUACAGGUUUUUAUUUAUUUUUUAUUUAAAAAAAUAUUCUACCUUUAUUUAAACCAGGUAGGCCAGUUGAGAACAAGUUCUCAUUUACAACUGUGACCUGGGCAAGAUAAAGCAAAGCAGUGUGACACAAACAACACAGAGUUACACAUGGAAUAAACAAAUGUACAGUCAAUAACACAAUAGAAAAAUAUAUAUAUACAGUGUGUGCAAAUGAGGUAAGAUUAGGGAGGUAAGGCAAUAAAUAGGCCGUAGUGGCAAAGUAAUUACAAUUUAGCAAUUGGCUUUGGGGGUGACCAGAACGUGUCCCCUUCCUGAGCAGUAUGAUGGCUGUGUGCUCCCAUGGUGUUUAUACUUGCGUACUAUUGUUUGUACAAAUGAACAUGGUACCUUCAGGCAUUUGAAAAUUGCUCCCAAGGAUGAACCAGACUUUUGGAGGUCUACAAAUUUUUUUUCUGAGGUCUUGGCUGAUUUCUUUUGAUUUUCCCAUGAUGUCAAGCAAAGAGGCACUGCAUUUGAAGGUAGGCCUUGAAAUACAUCCCCAGGUACACCUCCAAUUGACACAAAUUAUGUUAAUUAGCCUAUCAGAAGCUUCUAAAGCCAUGACAUCAUUUUCUGGAAUUUUCCUGUUUAAAGGCAUAGUCAACUUUGUGUAUGUAAACUUCUGAUCCACUGGAAUUGUGAUACAGUGAAUUAUAAGGGAAAUAAUCUGUCUGUAAACAAUUGUUGGAAAAUGACUUGUGUCAUGCACAAAGUAGAUGUCUUAAUUGACAUGCCAAAACUAUAGUUUGUUAACAAGAAAUUUAUGGAGUGGUUGAAAAAUGAGGUUUAAUGACUCCAACCUAAGUGUAUGUAAACUUCACACUUCAACUGUAAAUGCUUAAUACCAAGAGUGUAACGUAACACAUUUUAGAAUAUAUGAUAUAAAUGCUCAAUACCGAGAGUGUAAUGUAACACAUGUUAAAGUUAUCAUUGAAAACUGACUGUAAUAAACCAGUUCGUCCCUAUCAGCACAAUCAUUACCCCCUUUACUCUCUCUAUAAUAUCCC